AAUAUAUAUAAUUUUGAAACAGUGUUAAACCUGAGGGUUGCUGUUCUCAGUACUCGUAAGGCCAUCUCCAAAGUCUAACAAUUGCAACAAAGAAAUCAUUUUGAUGAGCUAAUUGGCAUUACCACAACACUAUGUGGACAAAAGUAUUGGGACCCACCUGUUAUUGUAAAUGAACGUUUGCAUUCCAGCAAGCGGCCUUACCUCCAUGUACCUCGGUUGACUUGUGUUACUUUGAAAUGAGCUCAAUAAAUGACUUGACAUAAAAUACAGAAAAACACAGCAAUCAAAGAAAAGUGCCAAGCAAACAAAUUCUAUGGUAAAUUGCAUAGUAUUGAAAAUAUGAUAUUGAAAACUUGAAACUUGUGAAAAUCCAUUUUGAUCUCAAUGCAGUUUCUCAGUCACUUACAAACAUUUUCACCUAAAAACUUAAAAAUGUGAAAGCAAGUGAAAGUGAGUAAACUGGCCUGUGGGUUUGAGAACUGAAUAAUUAGGAACUGAGAAAAGCUAUUUUAACCGUGUCAGUGUUGGCAGUGUAUGUUGCGUUUGUCAUCACCUUCACAGGUUUCCCACCACUGCUGUCAAAUAGAAGCUGUCAAAUGAAGAGCACACUUAGGUAUGAACAUUUUACCCAUGAGCGGAAAAUGAAAAGGCCCAACAAAAAGUUUCAGAAGAAGUAACAUUAAUAUUCAGCCUGUUAUUGUAUAUAAAUCUAUGACACAAUCUUAUAACAGAGCACUUUAAUUAUUCUUGAAAAUGACUUGAUUGUUCUGUACUUCCCGUAUCUUCCCCUUAUUCUGUUUCAAAUCGGACAAAAAGCUUUUUUGGAGGCGUUACUUCCUCUUUUUAAAGGCAAAAAAAUACAACCCAACAUAUACAGUAACUGGUGCCGCAGAGCUGCACAACCACAAAGUAUUUUGAUUUUCUGAGCAAUGGAGGAAAUCUAUGCAAAUGUUGGACAUGGCAAGUCUGUUGACUCAGAAGCAUCACAGAAUCAGAGAGGUCCCAGGAGCUCAGAGAGGACAGUUCAUGCAGCUGUUGCUCUCUGUCUGGGGCUGUUCUGUGUUCUCCUGCUGGCUGCACUCAUUGGCCUCGGUGUCCACUACCAUAACUCAGUACGUAGCUCAGCUGAAGAUUUCUCCAUCAUCAAAGCCAACCUGACUGAGCGUCUCCAGGCCAGUAAUAACAAACUUUCCUCCAUGUCUGAAGAGAGAGACCUGCUGAAUGCCAACCUCACUGAAAUAACUAAAGAGUUGAACAGACUUCAGACUUUGUCCACUCGGAAGAGAAGUUGUCCUGCAGGAUGGAACGCGUUCAGGUGCUCCUGUUAUCUCCUGUCCACUGAGUCUGGGUCGUGGACCAGAGCCAGAGAGGAUUGCAGAAACAGAGAAGCAGAUCUGGUCGUCAUAGACAGUAUUGAAGAACAGAAAUUUCUCUCUGAACUCUACACCAAACAAAGUUGGAUUGGUUUGACUGACAGUGAAACUGAGGGGACCUGGAAAUGGAUUGAUGGAACUCCACUGACUCUGACGUACUGGGAUCAAGGGCAGCCUGAUAAUGGUGGUGGAGAUCCGAAAUGGGGAGAGGAGGAUUGUGUACAAAUCCAGGCUGGAAUGAAAACUGAAAAAAACUGGAACGAUCUGUCAUGUCGUACUUCUAUACAAUGGAUCUGUGAGAGAGAAGCUUAGCAGUGGUUCAUCAUAAGUGUGGUGCAUAAUAAUAAUAAUAAUAAUAACCGUAAUAAUAUAUGCAUGCUUUUGCAAAUUAAGCUAUAAUUUUGUGUGUGUGUGUGUGUGUGUGUGUGUGUGUGAAUUGUUCCAGGUCUUUCUCAUCCUUCAGCAUCCUUGUUUUAUCUCCAGUUUAAUCAUAAUGACUGCAAUAUAUACACUGCUCAAAAAAAUAAAGGGAACACUUAAACAGCACAAUGUAACUCCAAGUCAAUCACACUUCUGUGAAAUCAAACUGUCCACUUA